AUGAAAUUGACAUUUAAGUUUGUAUGCAGAAUCUAAAGAAAGAUAUAAGAUUUGUAUUGUUUUUAUUUUCAACUGAAAGCAUGCAUACGGAUUUAUCGCCACAUCUGCAUACAUCGGAGUGCAAUUCAUUAAUCGAGCAACUAAAUAAUUGUCAUUCAGAAAACAAGUUCGCCAAAUUUCUAGGUGUCUGCAACGACAUUGAUUCCCUAUUAGUGAAGUGUUUGAAAAGAGAACGUCAAGCGCGAGCUGCAGCGAAUCGUGCUAAAGCCGCCGACCGACAAGCACGCUUGAGGGAGCGUCUGCUUUCUCAAUAAACAUUUUCAUUUACCAUCUAAAAACAGC